CAGCUAGCGCUACGAACGCGCGACAUGCGUACGAUCGCAUGAUCAGCGGGCACUUAGCCGAUUUGUUGAAAUGGUGCGCGUUCACGUUUUAUGAAACGUUGCGGAGAGUGCUGGUUGUCUCCAGUUGUUUCUAGACGAGCCAGUUUUGUAGACAUGCGUGCUUUCCGCGGUGAACUUCUGACGCUAACUACGUUUCUACAUCCCUGUGAUUGCUGCUUCAUGGACCUCGUGCAGAGCUAUGUCGAAAAGCGGACGACAUGAAGAGCACCCGAUUAUUUAUUGUACGUAUUUGUACUUAAAAGAAAACGCCGGAUUUGGCACACACCUGCGAGCAUGGAGGAUCCCGAAAUUCUUACGAUAGAAUGGGAGAUGAUGGACAAAUCCCGAUUCUUCAUGUUCAGUAUUAUCAACUCGUUCACCUUGCGUUGCCUGGUGUACCCUUUGACGGUCAUCAAAACGCGACUACAAGUCCAAAAACAGGGAAAGCUUUAUAGUGGUACAUUUGACGCCUGCUCAAAGAUUCUGCGCUACGAAGGCUUCGUAGGUUUGUACAGAGGCUUUUGGAUUAAUACAAUACAGAUGUUCUCGGGUAUUGGCUACAUCUUCACGUAUGAAAAAGUCCGGGACGUGCUGUCUCGACACGCUGACAUACACGACCGACGUUUAAAGGGCCUCAUAGCUGGUGGCUGCAGUUCUCUCGUGAGUCAAACUAUCAUCACACCCUUCGAUGUUGUCUCCCAGCACAUAAUGGUUUUGGGCCGAUCGAGCAAAAGCGGCGGUAUGGUAAUGAACCCGCUCAACAUUAGCGCCGACCUGAAGAGGAAGAACCUCAUCUCUGCAGCCAUUGUGCGUGAAUUGUAUCGGAGAGACGGCUUCAGCGGGUUUUACCGGGGCUACUUCGCAUCGCUACUUGCUUAUGUGCCCGGCAGUGCGCUAUGGUGGAUGUUCUACCCGGCCUACGCCGACGGGCUGCGGCGUGUCCUGCCUGGCUGGACGCCUCAGAUGUUUGUGCAGUGCAUGGCAGGACCCAUGAGCGGCAUCACCGUAUGCUUCAUCACCAACCCAAUGGACGUUGUGCGGGCCCGCAUCCAAGUGCAGCGCAUGAAUUCAGUCACACAAACCUUUUGGCAGCUCUGGACGGAAGAACGCAUGCGUAUGUUCCAGAUUGGCCUGUCGGCUCGCGUAAUGCAGAGCGUGAUCAGCUCAUUUCUGCUGGCCCUGGGCUAUGAGACGCUCAAGCGGUGGAGCGUACAUGACGAGUACAAAGACAAGAUUCGGUGGUAGUUUACCAGGCACCAUUACUGCAAGCUUGUCAGAAGAUAACUAGUUAAGGGGCUCCUUGCAGGAUGUGUGCUUUUACUACGUGAUAGUGUUUAAUUCCUCAGUGUCAACGUACCAUAGCGCAGAUUUAUUUCUAUAAAGAACGAUAGAUCAAGGA